AUGGAGCCGAGACGGGCGGAGACGUAUGAGUCUCUGGCCAAAACAAUCAGGCAUCUUCGAGACGUGACCACUAAUAAUAGGAUCAACCACUCACAAGAUACUCGCUACGGUGCCGACGGGCUGCGCCUGCGUCAAGAGCAGAUGGAUGCUGGCGAGAAGGCAAUCUUCCCCCUGGAUACUCUUCCUCACUUACGAGCGGACCACUUCAUAGGUCGAGAGAAAGACCUUGAGAACAUCCAUGAAUGGCUCGGUUUACAGGAAACCCCCGCUAUUCGCACCUAUACAAUUUAUGGUCGGCGCGGUAUAGGAAAAACGCAGAUUGCACUAGAAUACGCACGGAGGCAUCGAAAACACUAUAACGCCGUCUUCUGGGUUCAAGCCGAAACGAAGGGUGCUCUGCGUCAGAGUUUUACCGACAUUGCUCUAGCGCUAGAGCUCCCUGGCGCAGACAAAAACGCCACCUUCGAUGAGAAUCUGAUGCGUGUGCUACGAUGGCUGCGUCACACGCAGAAACGCUGGCUUUUGAUAUAUGACAAUGCCGAACGCGCACAGCUCCUCAAGGGAUAUUGGCCCAAUGGGGGCCGUGGUGCUAUGCUUCUUACCUCCCGAUCAUACUUCAAUUUCCUUGAGGAUGACCAACGUCGCGGCGAAACCGUCCAGCUCUUCAACGACAUUGAAAGAAGACAUCUCUUCCUCACUUGCCUUGGCGAAGCAUGGCAGUCAACCCACCUCAACAGCGAGGAUAUGAUGGUGGAGAUUGAGGAGGCUGCCAUCUCUGCACUACUGAAGAAAACUGGCGGUCUGCCCAUUGCCAUCCGUCACGCGGCGACGCUGAUUCUCGACACGGAAAUCAACCCCACGGGAACAGCGCGGGCGUUGAUGGAAAUGUUCAACGAGAGCUAUCAGCGUCUUCCCCGACGACAAAUAUCCGAGCGCGAUCCUCUCAUCCGUGUCUUGGACACAAUCUGGAACAUAUCGUUCAAGAACCUUACCGAACCUGCUAAGAACAUCCUGUCGGGCCUGUCGCUUUUGGCACCCGAUAGAAUCUUGAUCGAUCUGUUUCUGCCAAGCGACCAGAACAUGCUCACCAGCAGACUCGAGUUUUGUCGGACGGCCUCCCACAACACCAAUGCAAUCAACGAGUUGUUCGCCAAGGAUUUGAUCAAGAAAACCGGCCGCGACAUGGCUAUACAUCGUACGGUACAGGAAGCUGUCAGCUAUCAAGGCAAGGAUGAGUUGAUUGACUUCUUUGACGCGAUGGUCCUGUUGUUGUUCGAUGCUUUCCCUAAGCAGUCCCAUGGCCGACCGUUGACUGAGUACUGGGAGAACUGCCAGCUGUGGAUUCAGCAUGUUGUCACUCUCGCACUCAAAUAUAAGGCCUACACCAGCAAUCGACCGGAAGAUGAUAUUCCCCUGAAGGGCAUGGCAUCCGCCGACAUUCUUGUCAAACUCCUCGCUAACGCCGCAUGGUACGUGUACCUCUUCGAAAUUGCCGACUACGAAGAAGCACUGAACCUCGUGGAUAUUGCCCGUGCCGCUGCCCAGAAUAAAGAAAGCCUAGACUAUGCCCACCUUCUCAACACCGCCGGCGUGACCUACUACGAACUCAACAAGCUUCGGAGCGCCAGAGGGGUUCUGGAACAAUGCUACAUUAUCCGGUCUCGCAUCUUGCCAGACGACCAUGCCGAAAUCGCAACCAUCCUCUCCAACCUCGGCAACCUAGAAACCGCCGAAGGCAAUUUCGAAGCCGCCCUCGAAUGGCUGGAGAGGGCUGUCGUGAUACGGGAAUCGAUCGGCGACGAGGCCGCAUCGCUGCUCGCACUCAACUAUCUGCAGAUUGGCCGUGUUCAUUUCCUGCAGGAGCACUACACCCAGGCAUAUAGCAUGUACCAAAAGUGCGAAGGCGUGCUGAACAAGGAGAAGGGCCGCAACCGGCUUUUCACGGCCAACUUGUAUUACGCAUACGGCAACCUGGAGUUUGUGCAAGGACAAUACAUACAAGCAGCACGAUCGUACGAUCAGACCAGGCAGAUAUCGAAGGACUUUAACCCGAUGCACCCUCUCACAGCGGCGGCAUGCUACAAGUUGGCAUGCACGGAGUUUGAACAAGACAAUCACAAGAAGGCACUCAACUACCUGUCCAAAGCGUUGGACAUUGCUGAAUUGCGGGGCACCAGCGAGUUCGAUGGUAUGGACGGCACUGUUGUCAGAAUCCUCUUCAAGCAGGCAGAGGUAAUACUGGACGACCCGCUGGGUGAUCGCAAUGAGGGCACGCAACUGAUGAACGACAUGCUGUUCCGGCAAAAGGACGUGGCGGAGAAGCUUGAGGUCGACCUGAGGGGAUUUGAGUUGCUGGAGGAUCGGGAGAAGGGAUUUGAUUUACUGGUUCCGGGCUAUUUCAGGUAA